AUGCUCUCAAGAUGCAGGCCAAACUUUAGGCGUCCGUUUAUGGGAUUGUCUUUCACAGUAAGCGAGUGCAUCAGCGGCAACAAGAUGGAGCCGUGGGCGACGCUUAGCAUGACCCGGCGCUCCUCACGUGAUCCUUGGGAGCUUGGCGUGCAUCAACGAAAGACCUCCGUCUACCUCAACCCGCUGCCGGACGAGGCUGUGGCGGGGUCGGUGGUGGCAAAGCAAUUUCUCGCCAGUUCUGCCUUUCCUUACGUGAACGCCAUACGCGUUGUGUCGGUGAACGGCGUUCCUGCCGCUUCCGCUUCGAAGGUGCGGCAUGAGUUGAGCCGAUGCAACACCGCGGUGCUGCAUCUCACCCUCCACGCCUCACGCUAUCGCCUGGCAGAAAAAAAACGCCGGGAGUCACUUGCCGCGGACGCUUACUCCGCGUCGUUGGAAGCCGCGGAAGCGGAGACGCCUAUACACGGGUCGAAUGUGCAAAAGAAAGUUGCUCCUGCCGUUGUGACUGACGCCCGUAGACGGAGGACGGUCCCUGCACUGGCAAAGGAAGUCGCGGCUGGUAAUCCGUCACCCGCGCAAGGCGCGAGGGCGGCAUCCACUCCGACGCCCUCCCCCAGGCAGGCCACACGUGCCAGGCCUCGCGGAAGCAAAAAGCGGAUGCCAGGCAAGGUGCGCGAGGCGCCCAGCAACACCAGGGUUUCUCCUACUGCCGCUGCGGUCCAUGCGGAAAUGGCCCCAAAGCGAGUGACGCCCGAAGCAAUCGACCCUGCGAAAGUCGCCACAGUUUCGCUUUGA